AUGGAGGUUUUGCCUUGUUUGGACACGGGCAACUGCUCGUGCACGGACACUCACACAUGUAAGUGUGUUGAGUGUCCCUGUUCCAACCAUCUCUUAAGAGAUGGUUGGAAACAGGGAGGAAGAAGACAGGGGUACGGGAUACCGCCGUGGCUAUCCGAUCAGCACUUGUUUGUGGUUACACCGUCAAGUAGACCGAGGCCAGGCACUCUUCCUUGUGCUCGGUGGGAUGGCUAGAGACGACAUU